AAUUUUGCAGAUAUCUUAUUGAACAAAGUCUGUUCGUUUGUACAAAUAAGUUUUGACAGUCUGAUAGACUGACAGAUUAUAUAAUUAUUGAAGAUUCGGAUUUCGUAGAUAUCUUAUUGAACGAAGUUUGUCCGUUUGUGCAAAUAGGUUUUGACAGUCUGAUAGACAGACAGAAAGAAAGAAGGACAUUACCUAUAUUUAUGUUAGGAAAAUUGUAGAAUUUACGAACGGAAUGACAAAAACUGAAAAAAAUUACUAAAAGAAUCUUCAACAAUAAUUUUGAUCCCUCCUAAUAUUUAUAUUAUACAUUUUGCUUUGUAACAUUUAUCGUAUCUUUAUAAUUUACUAUAUUUCUUUUUGUUUGUUUUUGACUAAUGUUUAUAAAUAAAUUUCACAAAUAAUUGUUAAAAAUUGUAUAAAGCAAGUGUAAAAAUAUUGGAAACAUAGACACAAAUAAAAUUCAAUAAAAACCACAUAAAAAUAAAUAAAAUAAAAGAAGAAUAACAAAGAAAAAAUUGUGUUGAUGGUCAAGAAUUGUAAAAAUUAAGGCAAAAAUUAAUAAAAAUACAUAUAACUUUUGAGAAAUUCAAUGGGAAAAUAAACUCGUAGAUAAGAUAAACCAAAUUCAUAAGUACAUACAAAGUUAUAAAUAAUCAAUAAUCACGAGGAUAUAACUCUAAUAAAUAUUGAAAUAUAUAAACUAUUAAAAAAGUAUCUUAAAUAUUUGAUAAUAGACGGAUUUAAUUUAUAUACAUAUAAACACGCUAAUUAGGCAAGUGCUGUGUAAAAAUAUGUCUAAACUACCCUCAAAUAAAAGUGAUGAAAUUAGAAGUUGGUUAAAUUCUAUAGAUAUAAAUGAAGAUGCUGAGCUAAGCGACGUAGAGGAAUCAUGUUCAGUCAGUGUAGUUGAAUCGAGUAUAAUAGAAUCAUCAUCCAGUUCAUCUGACUCCGGUGAUGAAGUGGCCUUGGGCCAGAGUUCUCAUAAUCAUAUUAAAGAAUACAAUAAUAAUUUAUUGCCACAGAUUCCUGCACUCAGUUUUAACAACGUUAAUAUCUGCAAUUCCUCAAAUGUUUAUUUGGGAAAUAUUUACAGUGUAAAUGGAACUUUAAAUAUAAAUGUGAUUAAUGGCGAAGAAAAGCCUCAGGAAGAUCAGGAACCGACAGCAAAAAAGUCACCCGUUAUUAGACCUGCCUGUCUGAUAUUUCCACGUUAUCGUUGGCUGGCUAUGGAUCCUCUUAGUGAAUCUAAUAAAUUACCAAAACCAGUAGAAUUUAUAUCAAUUGGAUAUACCGCCACUACUAGUUCAACGGUGCAAGCUCGAAAUAUAGGCAUAAUAAGGGAUUACCAAACCCUUAAUGUUGAGGCUCAAGGUUUUAACGAUAUAAUUUAUAAUUUUCUUAUCGGCUGUGAUGGUACUAUAUAUGAAGGUCGUGGCUGGGGUGUAGAGGGUGAGCACACUGCUGGUUAUAAUCAUAAAUCCAUAGGUAUUGCAAUAGUUGGUAAUUUUAAGCAAGAACUGCCUCCCGAAAGAACUUUUAAAGCUUGCCAAAAGCUAAUAACUCGCGGUAUUGAAGAAGGUCAUCUAUCGAAAGACUAUAAAAUAUUUGCACCGCCCACAGCAAAUUACAAUUUAUUAAAUGAGGAACUAAAAAAAUGGGACCAUUUUUGGGAUAUACAAAAUUGCAAUGAAAGUUGAUGGGUGGACAACGACAAUUGUCUAUAUUGGAGAAUACAUUCGACUAUUUUAAAGAAUGUUAUUAUUAUCCGAAGAAAAUGGGAAGGAAAUUACUUAGAACUCAGGCAAAUAUGCUUAAUGUAAUUUUGCUUUGAUUGAUUAGUAGGCGAAAUAAUGAAGCUUGUCUGGCUGUUAAGUGUUUAUAAUUAAGGACAAUAAUUUUUGUAUUGUAUACAAAUAAAAUUAAAGAAAUUUUUUGUAUGUAUUACUAAAAA